AUGGUGAAUAAAAACGGUGAUGAUGAUGGUGAUGGUGUUUAUUUACAACAGGCCCAAAGCAGCAAUACCAAUAGCACCGAUGCCGACGGCUACGCCGGCAGACAUGGUAGGAGCAGGGUUGCUAGUGUGAGUGCUAGUUUGUGUGCUGGUGCUGGUGGAGGUGACGACGACAGCCGUCUUGGUGUCAGUGGCGGUGUUGACUUUGGUGCUGGUGAUGGUCACAUCGGCGGCGGUGGCGAAGGCCGCAAGGGCGGCGACGAUGGAAACCUUGGUGAAGAGCAUUUUUGCGUUUGUGUGUUUUUUUCCUUUGGAAAGAAUUGA